GGCGCGGCGCGGCGGGCCAUGGCGCGGGUGCUGGUGGUGGGCGCGGGGCUGACGGGCGGCGCCUGCGCGGCGCUGCUGCGGGGGGUGGCGCUGGUCCGCGUCGCCGUCUGGGACAAGGCGCGCGGAGCAGGGGGCCGCAUGAGCACGAGCCGCAGCGCGCGGGACGCCGCCUGCACCGCGGACCUGGGCGCGCAGUACAUCACCCUCGAGACUGAGCGCGCGGGGCCGCGCCGCAGCUUCUGUGAGGAACUUCUGUCUCACGGCAUCUUGAAACCGCUGACUGCACCCAUUGAAGGAAUGGUAGUGAAAGAAGGCUCGUGCAAUUAUGUGGCACCCCAGGGCAUCUCCUCGGUUGUCAAGUAUUAUUUAAAACAGUCAGGUGCAGAUGUCUUCUAUGAACAGCAUGUAACUCACAUCUGUCUCCGAGAUGGGAAAUGGGAAGUCUCCAGGAAAAUGGGACCGCCAGAACAGUUUGAUGUAGUUAUUCUCACAAUGCCUGUUCCACAAAUUCUUCAGCUGCAAGGUGACAUUGUAAACAUAAUUAAUGAAAGUCAAAAGCAGCAACUGGAAUCUGCAAGCUACUCCUCCCGCUACGCUCUGGGACUUUUUUAUGAAGCCAGUACACGGAUUGAUGUCCCCUGGGCUGCACAGUACAUCACCGAUAAUCCCUGCAUACGCUUCAUCUCCAUCGAUAAUAAGAAACGCAAUAUAGAGUCUCCUGAAAUAGGUCCCUCAGUUGUAGUUCACACAACUGUGACGUUUGGAAGCGAGCACCUGGAUUCAGACCCUGCAGAGGUGCAGCAGUUAAUUCUCAGUCACCUGGAGAGGAUUGUGCCAUCCUUGCCUAAACCAGCCAGCAUCAAGUGUCAGAAAUGGAGAUAUUCUCAGGUUACAAAAGCUGUGCCCAAUUUUCCGCGACAAAUGACUCUUCAUACUCAACCUCUCCUGAUUUGUGGGGGUGAUGGAUUUACUCAAUCCAACUUCAAUGGCUGCAUAGAUUCUGCUAUGAGUCUUGCAGAGGCUGUAAAGUCUCAUUUGUAGCAAUUUCUAAGUCAGCUGCUAAACAUAGUCAAGAUUUAUGAUGAAUUUUACUAAUAUGGCUUGAAUUCUAGUUUAAUGUUAACAUCACUGGCUUCUAUCUUGCAAAAUUAAAUAAAGGAAGAUCUAUUGGUAAUAAUUCGUAAUAAUUGUUGGGAUGGAAUUGAAUUUUCCAAGAUCUGUGCUGUGAGUUGUUACUUUACUUGAAGUAAAGCUUUUUCUGGCUCUAGUCAGAGGCAUCGAGCUGCAGCAGUCUUGCCAGGUCUCCUGAUACUUUUACAGCCCAUGAAAAUUAUGUCAAGGAGAGAAGCCUGACUUGAAGCAGCCCAAAAACCCAUGGAGCUGCAGAGUUUACUCCUUCUCUGAGCACUUGGAAGUGACAGAAGGAACACGCACAAUUGAUCCCAGAGCUUUCAUACAUACCUGUGGUCAUUUCUUGUGGUGCAGAUCAGCCCUGGUCAGUGUUACUGUGUUGGCCAUGGGGAAUCAGCGAUGGGGCCUACCUUGCUAUGCUUCUCAAGUUGUGCGGCCUAGGCAGGGUCUAACCAUAUCGACUCAAGGUCUAACCAUGUCUCUGGGCAUCGACAGCUUUUAAGUGAGGGAUAGUAGUUGUCUGCCGACCAGCUUUCUUAGCCCAUGGUUUUCUGGAGCCCUGGUUGCAGAUUGCUGUAAGAGGUCAUUUCAAGAGCUUGAUGACGUUACUGUCAAUGGUGCACCCCUGAACCAUGGUACCUGCCCUGGGUGCAGUCUAAGCAGCAUCAGCCCAGCCGUGCUCGUAAAAGAAAGAAUGGAGAGAAGGUGAAAGAGAAGGUGUGCAUGUUUCCAGUGCUCUCAUAGCAAUAGGGCUGCUAUCGCAGUCAUCUUGGGAAUAGACACUGACAGCUGGGCAGUAACAUGAGUUUAACACAGUAAAGCGGACUGGCCAGGAAGGUGGAUGCACUUAAAAUAGUUCAGUAUUUGCCAGGUUAGAGAGUCACCGGUGCAUCAUGGCUUUCUGCUGGUCCAGGGCCCCCUGAACCAGGAGCAGCCCUUUCCUCCUUCCAGGUGGUGGAGGAAUCGGGGUAGGAUCAGCCAAUACGGAAGGUGGUUUGGCUCCUUUGCCUGGAAAAUGCCGAGAGGAAGGAGGGAAAAGAAUUUAGCUCAGCAUGCUCUGUGGCAGUGUGUUAAUAAGAAAACUCUGCUGACAUUUCAGGCUUAGGGUUACAUCACCACCACCAUAAAAACUCAUUUAAACAGCCAGUCUGAAAAUGAGAUGAGUUCUAGACAGCUCUAUAUUUUGGCAGAACAGGUGUAGAAAUAGAGAGACAGGUCCAGGGAAGGAUAUAAAUACAUGUGUGAGUGAUUUGAAAUACUAAAAAAAUAAACAGCAAGUAUAAUUGUGUUGAAAAUACUACCUAUCACAGUUUCAAGUAUUUCUAAGCUACUAAACUGUGUUUCUGUGAAGUCGAUUUUGAAAUUACUCAGAAAUUAACCAAGAAAUCAUUUAUUUAUUCUAAAUUUGAUUUUAGCUUACCCUUCUUCUUAAAUCAUGUAUCACAAGUUUAGUACCUCUCUCUACUACAGCACUAAAAAUAACAAAAUGCUAUUUUCAGCAGAGAGAAUUUUAACCAUUAGAGAAGUACAAUUCAGCCUCUUUUUCUGAUACCCCUGCCUUUCACAAAAAUCCAGCAUCCUGUAUUCAUAGCAGCUGAACACUGUAAUUUACUGCUGUGCUUGACCAUUUCUAAUACGGUAUUUUAAGUGACACGAAGAACUUUAAAACUUAAGUUAAAAACCAUCUUUGAAGGAUAUUUCAUGAUAACAUGCAGGUUUUUUAUUGAUUAUUUUUUUCUUCUUUCCAUGAACUCCUCAAGUUUAAAACUAGGUGUUGUGUUGUGUCUGAACCAACCAGCUCCAAACCCUCAGGUUUCAGUCACUGCAUGUUGUAUAGAAACGGGGAAGAUGAUUGGUGGUCAUGCAUGCUCACAAAUCUUUUACAAAGAGAUGUUAUCUCCUGUGUUCCACAGAUCAAGGUAGUCAUGAAGACCCACUCAGUCAGGGAAUAAAUCUAAUCUCGUCAGGCAUUUAGUAUCAACUAAUUUAGCACAAGCUCAAAAGCAGCCAAAGUCCCAGCUGAAGUAAGGUUUUGUGUCGCAGUGUUGGAAAACCUUAACCAAAGAGCUGUACCCCGUGGAGGGUGGCAUGCGAAAGCAACCAAUCCUCAUGUUUCCUAUGUGAUCCUCAGCUUCCUCAGCUUCCACCCAGAGCCGGCCAUCCUGCGGGAGUCGGUCCCCAAGGGAGUAACAUGCUGAACCAUACAAGAGGGUUUUCUGCUGGGUUAUCAGUUCCCCUGGAAAGCGUCGGCAGGGCGAGCGGGUCAGCCAUUGCUGGACCCAUGGUGAUGGUUUCUGGGGACCUAUCCCACCAGUCUGCCUUCAUCCAAGCUGUGCCUUAUGGAGGGAUGUGGGUCCUUUACCUGCAGGGGUGAAGGAGCAGGCUGUACCUUCAGGGGAUCUUUCCAGACUCUUUGCUUGUGCUGUUGUCCUCAUCUUCACUCUUUGUUUUUUGCUCCAUUCUUCAAAGAUGGAUUUUGCAUUAAAACACGCUAAAAUUUGCACUUCCUUCCCCUUCCUUCAGUUUUGAAUGGAAGCAAGCCAAACCACUAAAAAUCCAAAUAAAGAUCAAUCCUGAAAGUAUGUGACAUGCAGAAAACUGAAAAUUAGGCAUCUUUGACUCAACACUGUGUUGUUCCUCUUGCCGCCUCGCAAAUGGGUAUGUUCUGAAGAGUCGUGAU